AUGACUCGUGGAAAUCAACGUGAAUUAGCUCGUGAAAGGAACUUAAAGAAGCAGAAGGAAUUGAAGAAAUCACAGGGAAAUCAAAGUGGAGUUAAAUUAGAGAAGCGAAUGGAAACUGAUGCUGAUAUUAUGAGGAGAAAACAGCAAGAAGCUGCUGCAAAGAAGGCAGCCGAGGCUGCAAAAAAUGGCAAUGAGAAGAAGCUGCAACAUUAUGACCCGCUAAAAUGA